CCAAAUCCAAGGGGGUUCACCAUAACCGGCCGAACCUCUUCCUUCUUUUCAGGCUUCUACUCUCUUUAGUCCCUUGUUUCUCUUGUUCUCUUAUUCUCUUCUUCUGCUGCUCUCAUUGGAAUUGUUUCUCUCUUUCCCGGUUCUCAUUUUUAGGGUUUCAAUCACUGCUUUUGUGCAAUGGAGGACCUAUCACCUUCUUAUCCCAGCUCGGUCCACAUAACUCUUCUGCUACCCUCUGCCGUUCAAGCCAUGGCGCUGCAUACUGUUCUUGCAGCGGCAAAAUCUCUCCUUUGUCUUCUCAUUUUGACUGGAUCUCUGGUGGCUGACAUCAAUAAUUCAGUGACAAUGGAUCAAAGAUUACCUAUUGAUGAACUCUGUAAGGGAAAGGAUACUUAUCUUAAAAGUAAGGAUGGUGAUUCGGAUGAUGACGAGGAAGAGGAAGAUGAUGAUGAUGAUGCAAAUGAACAGGAUGACGAGGGAGGAGACGAGGACUACUCAGGCGAAGAAGGUGAUGAAGAAGCUGAUCCUGAGGAUGAUCCGGAGGCUAAUGGUGCAGGAGGAAGUGAGGGCGAGGAAGACGAUGAUGAUGGUAAUGAGGAUGAUGAUGACGACGAUGGGGAAGAUGGUGAUGAGGAAGAGGAUGAAGAGGAGGAUGAGGAAGAAGAGGAAGAUGACGAGGUUCCACAGCCUCCUACUAAGAAAAGGAAGUGAAAGUAUAGUAAUGGGUAACGGGUACAGUGUUCUCGUUCACUCCUUUGUAAUGCCCUAGUGAGUCUUAGUCCUUAGGACAGAAGGUUUCCUUUCAAGUGGAUCUAUAGUAUAAAUAUGCUAUUAUUGUUACUGGUGUUAGUUUUUGGUAAUGUGAUUAUUGCUAUUUAGUAUGUGUCAUAGUUAAACUGUAGUAAUUUCUUUUAAGAAAAAUAAUUAUAGGCAUGGGCUUUGUUUUCA